AUGAAGGAUAUUAGAAUGAAAGGAAGCGUGAAACCUAAAAGCAAACUGAGAUGUCUCUGUCCAGUUAUUGAUGAUGAAGGUAUUCUUCGUGUUAAAGGACGUAUUCAAAAUGCCAAUUUGGAUGAGGCUGUCAAACACCCCAUCAUCUUGCCAUCUAACAGACAUUUCACCGAUUUAAUCAUUGAUGAAGCCCAUAAAAUGACUUUGCAUGGAGGACCAACACUAAUGCUGAGUCAUUUGCGUACAAAGUAUUGGAUAUUGUCAGCCAAGAAUAAGGUUAAGGCUUAUGUCCGCAAAUGUGUUAAGUGUAAGCGGUACGCGGCAUCUACUCAAACCCCGUUUAUGGGUCAAUUGCCGAAAAGUCGAGUCACUCCCGCUAGACCGUUCUACCAUACAGGUGUAGAUUUUGCUGGCCCCAUCAACCUUAGAACAUCAAAGGGUCGAGGUCACCAAUCGCACAAGGGUUACAUUUGCGUAUUUGUAUGCAUGGCAACCAAGGCCAUUCAUUUAGAAGUCAUUAGUGACUUGACAGCACACGGCUUCAUAGCCGGCUUCAAACGAUUUGUGGCUCGUCGCGGUUUUGUCGCAGACAUUUGGAGCGACAACGGUACGAAUUUCGUUGGUGCUUCCCGGGAGCUUAGACAUUUAGUUGCAGCGGAGAAGUCGUCCGUAGCUGCAGAAAUUAGAGAGUGGUUGGGCAAUAACAGCACCUCCUGGCACUUUAUUCCACCUCAUUCCCCGAAUUUUGGUGGUUUGUGGGAAGCCGGUGUGAAGUCAACGAAGUUCCACCUUAAACGCGUGAUAGGUAAUUCAACACUUACUUACGAAGAAAUGUCUACACUGUUGUCUCAAGUAGAAGCUUGCCUCAAUUCCAGGCCGGUAUCAAUGUUGUCUGACAAUUCCUCAGAUCCUACGCCUUUAACACCUGGUCAUUUUCUGAUUGGUGAGCCUCUGAUAGCGGUUCCUGAACGGAAUUAUGAACAUUCAAACAUCAGUAAUCUAAGACGUUGGCAGGUUACUCAACGCAUGUUGCAAGAUUUUUGGAGACGGUGGUCUGCUGAGUACUUGGUUCAGUUGUUACAGCGUUAUAAAUGGACAAAACAUAUUCCAGAACCCAAUAUUGGAGAUGUAGUUUUGAUCAAGGAGGAUAAUUUGCCUCCUGCCCGUUGGCUUUUAGGUAAGGUUGUAGACAGACACCCUGGUUUGGACAAGGUUACAAGAGUAGUAACUCUCAGGUGUAACGGAUCACUUAUUAAAAGACCUACAUCAAAAUUAUGUAUCUUGCCUGUCGCUAAAUGA